AUGGAAGAGUCUUACAAAGAUAGGACUUCACUGAUGAAGGGGGCCAAGGACAUCGCCAGAGAGGUGAAGAAACAGACGGUGAAGAAGGUGAACCAAGCAGUGGACCGGGCCCAGGAUGAAUACACCCAGAGGUCCUACAGCCGGUUCCAAGAUGAGGACGAGGAUGAUGACGAUUACCCACCUGGAGAAACCUACAAUGGGGAAGCCAACGAGGAUGAGGGCUCCAGCGAGGCUACCGAGGGCCAUGACGAGGAGGAUGAGAUCUAUGAAGGGGAGUACCAGGGCAUCCCCAGCAUGAGCCAAGGGAAGGAUGGCAUCGUGUCUGCAGGGCAGCCCAAGGGGGAUGAGUACAAGGACCGUCAGGAGCUGGAGUCCGAGAGGAGGGCCGAUGAGGAAGAACUGGCCCAGCAGUAUGAGCUGAUCAUCCAGGAGUGUGGCCACGGCCGGUUCCAGUGGGCCCUGUUCUUUGUGCUGGGGAUGGCACUCAUGGCCGAUGGCGUGGAGGUGUUUGUGGUGGGCUUCGUGUUACCCAGUGCGGAGACGGACCUGUGCAUACCCAAUUCGGGAUCUGGAUGGCUCGGCAGCAUAGUGUACCUCGGGAUGAUGGUGGGGGCGUUCUUCUGGGGAGGACUGGCAGACAAAGUGGGAAGGAAACAGUCUCUACUGAUUUGCAUGUCUGUCAACGGAUUCUUUGCCUUCCUUUCUUCAUUUGUCCAAGGUUAUGGCUUCUUUCUCUUCUGUCGCUUACUCUCUGGAUUCGGGAUCGGGGGAGCCAUUCCCACUGUGUUCUCCUACUUUGCCGAAGUCCUGGCCCGGGAGAAGAGGGGUGAGCAUCUCAGCUGGCUCUGCAUGUUCUGGAUGAUCGGCGGCAUCUACGCCUCUGCCAUGGCCUGGGCCAUCAUCCCGCACUACGGGUGGAGCUUCAGCAUGGGCUCGGCCUACCAGUUCCACAGCUGGCGCGUCUUCGUCAUCGUCUGCGCGCUGCCCUGCGUGUCCUCCGUGGUGGCCCUCACGUUCAUGCCCGAGAGCCCGCGGUUCUUGCUGGAGGUGGGGAAACACGACGAAGCCUGGAUGAUCCUGAAAUUCAUUCACGACACCAACAUGCGCGCACGGGGCCAGCCUGAGAAGGUCUUCACGGUGAACAAGAUCAAAACCCCGAAGCAAAUAGAUGAGCUGAUUGAAAUCGAGAGUGACACCGGGACCUGGUACCGGAGGUGUUUUGUUCGGGUCCGCACAGAACUAUAUGGAAUUUGGUUGACUUUUAUGAGAUGUUUCAACUACCCUGUCAGGGAAAAUACAAUAAAGCUUACGAUCGUCUGGUUCACCCUGUCCUUUGGGUACUAUGGAUUAUCAGUGUGGUUCCCUGACGUCAUUAAACACCUGCAGUCUGAUGAAUAUGCACUGCUAACCAGAAAUGUGCAAAAGGAUAAAUACGCAAACUUCAGCAUUAACUUUACAAUGGAAAAUCAGAUUCAUACUGGGAUGGAAUAUGACAAUGGCAGAUUCCUAGGAGUCAAAUUCAAAUCUGUAACGUUCAAAGAUUCAGUGUUUAAAUCCUGCACAUUUGAGGAUGUGACUUCAGUCAACACCUACUUCAAGAACUGUACAUUUAUUGAUACCGUUUUUGACAACACAGAUUUUGAGCCAUAUAAAUUCAUUGACAGUGAAUUUCAGAACUGCUCCUUUUUCCACAAUAAGACGGGAUGCCAGAUUACCUUUGAUGAUGACUAUAGUGCCUACUGGAUCUACUUCGUCAACUUCCUGGGGACACUGGCGGUGCUGCCGGGGAACAUUGUGUCUGCCCUGCUGAUGGACAGGAUCGGGCGCCUGACCAUGCUGGGUGGCUCGAUGGUCCUCUCGGGCAUCAGCUGCUUCUUCCUGUGGUUCGGCACCAGCGAGUCCAUGAUGAUCGGCAUGCUGUGCCUGUACAACGGGCUGACCAUCUCGGCCUGGAACUCCCUCGACGUGGUCACCGUGGAGCUGUACCCCACGGACCGGAGGGCAACGGGCUUCGGCUUCCUGAACGCACUCUGCAAGGCGGCGGCCGUGCUGGGCAACCUCAUAUUUGGCUCCCUGGUGGGCAUCACCAAAGCCAUCCCCAUCCUGCUGGCCUCUACCGUGCUCGUGUGCGGGGGACUCGUGGGGCUGCGCCUGCCUGACACACGAACCCAGGUCCUGAUGUGACGGGAGCAAAAGCCACAUCUGUGCACUUCCUCGUCGUGCCCUGGGUCGAGUCUCUGGAUAGACUCAAGGCUUCGGAUUUUUCGUACCUAGAAACGUGGUCAGAUAUCAGAACACAACCUGUUGCUGUGACUUGACGUGUAGACGCGUAUCAUCUCCCCCUCCCAUAUGUUUCGCACAGGUUUACUUUUCAUGCAUUGUUGUCUUUCCUGUGAUGCUGCUUCCCCCACAGUACCAGUGGAAGAACUGCUGAAAUGUCCUAACCAGCCAGGCUCCCCGGGGUGCGGCUCCAUGAAGGUGCAGACACUAAGAAGAAGGCUGUUGUAAGAAGCAGACCCUGCGCCGAGUGCAGCCAGAGCAGGAAAUAUACGUUGGCAUGUUAUUACAGUUCUGCUGAGGGGAAGGAUUCUUUCUUUUUGUUUAAGCAGAGUGCUAUUUCCUGUUUACUUAGAAAAGGACACCCAGCAAUUUUUGCUGUUACAGCAGGGCCUUCCAAAGAAAACCAUGCGGUACACACAGGCUUGGGUGGGGCCCUUUCAGGCAGACAGUGGAGGUAACUGUGCUGAUAAGAAAAGCAUAGGCUCAAGCACUUACCCACAAAACCCAGUGAGCAGAAGCAAGUUUUCUGACGGAGAGUCUGAUUAAACUUCUAAGAACUCUGAGGGAAAGCACCACGGCAGUGUCAGUGGCCGUGGUGUGUCCAUAGCUCACACUGUCUCCAGGUCAGUUUGCCUGCAUUUCCCUUGUCCUCACUGCAUGCCAGACGCCAUGGAUGCUGCCAGACAGCAGAUUUAGGAAAGAGGGUCACUUCUUAAAGACCACCUCUGAGCCAGGCAUGGUAGUACAGGUCUGUAACCCCAGCAUUCUGGGAGGCUGGGGCAGGAGAAUCACCAUAGAGAGCACAGCCUGGGCACCUGAGUGACUUAGCUGUUUCAGUGCGCUGGCCCUGGGUUUAAUCCACAGAGCAACCAAAAAAAAUAAAAACUACAUCUGCUUUCCUGAUUUCUCCUGCCUAGAGAAUAUUAGUGAUAUCUAAAUUGUAAUAAGUUGUAAAUUAGGAAGAAUUCACACCUAAAGCCAUUGGAAAUGCAAACAGUACCUUUCCCUGUACCUGCUUUCUGAGGAAGAAUCUCACCCUGCCCCCUUUGGUGGAAGAUGGCAUUCACCUUCCUAGUGAGCACCCUGGAAGCAGAUGUCCCCUCCAAGCUCCCCCUGGGCUGGCACCUGGUCUCAGAGCUGCCCUGCACUCCAGAGGGGCUUCAGGCAGACUUGGGGUGUCUCCUAACACCACCUGCCUGCUCCCAUUUACCUCUAGAGGCUCUCUGGGCUGGGAAGCAAGAGGUCCCCAGGACAUUUCCCUGGGCCAGCUGUCAGUUAGACCUUCUCCCCCACCCAUGCAUCCCUUUUACACAUCUUUGAAAUAUGAAGCCUCCUUGUAGACUUGCGGCCAGGAAAUAAAUCCCAUAAUUGAUAGAGAUUCCUUUCUUAACUCUCCCUGUCUUGCAGGAGGGUGAGCCUCAUUACCUCUUCUAGGAUCUCCUCACAGGGAGAGGGCAGGCUCUCUCCUCCGGGAGGGGCAGGCUUUUGUCCCCACUCAUCUUUACAUCAGAGAUGUCCUUGCUCCCUGGGGCCCUGGAGCUCCCUCCUGUCCUGAGGGUCCCUCUUGAGCCAGCACUGAAAAGUGUCUUUCAUUAACCGAAGCCAUGAAUCAGAGGGCCGCCCGUGUGGGGCUGUGGCAGGAAGAAGGUGUCUCCUGGGGAGGUGGGGUUGUGUCAGGGACAGAACAUCAGGAAAACUCAAACCAAAGUCUGCAGGGGUGGAAGGGAGAAGGAAAAUGAGCAGAGACUGGACACGACUUACAUGACAGAUAUCAACCAAGCAGGGAAAGAAACAGACCCUCCCCCACACACACACUUCUGCCUCCUGUCCUAUUGUGGGAGAACAACAGGCAGCUAAGAAAGUAGCCUGUGACCGGAAAGUAGCCUGUGGUCACUCUGUCUCCUGUGGACUCAUUUCUCUGCUUCCCUACCCCUGAAUUUGUCUUCUUUACAGAAAGACCUACUGGGGAGUGAACAGGUCUUUAGUCAAGUGUGGUGUGUGACAGUGACUGCCAAAGGUGAGCCUCCUCUCAUCCACCCCCCAAGAGAAAGGCAGCAAGGCGUGCAGCUAUCAUUUUCACUAGUUGUCCGUGACAGUUAACCUGGCCACCUGGACUACCCUUUGUUUUUAAAAAUUCUUUGUUGUCCACUGUAGAUUCUAAAUGCAUAAGACAUCUGUCAAGUGGUGGGGUGCAGAUACUCAGAAAUUUUUAUCAGAACACCCUGGCUUAUGAGACUGCCACCGUGGGUCCCCUUCAGAGGGCCACUCUUGGCCUUCUUAUCACCUAAACUAAGCCUCCCAGGUGGCCCAAGAGGGAUCUCUUCUAAUCUUCUGGACAGUGUGUGGUCACAAACCUUCUUGGUCACCACCUUUUCCCCUUGCCGUGCCCUUUUCUGUGCCUCCCUCAUGCUGUUCACCCCCCGGUUGUCUGUGAGGGCUUCCUUGCUCCCGAAGGCAUGGGCCAUGGCCUGCUGGGCUGACCCGUGGUGUAGCUGGGGACUAGGGCACAAAUGUGAAGUUAAACAGAAACUCGCAGGGGUAACGGUAACUGGCCGCUGGCAUCGGACAUCCACCUACCAUCUCAUUUCCUCCACAGUGGAAGGAAAAUGAAAGUGUAAAAAUGAAAGCCUAGCAAACAAUCCCACUUGCUCCUCCAUUUCCAACUCUUUUUCUAACUAAAAUUUCCCCAUAACUGUUUAGAAUCAGUUCAGAAUGCUCCUGAGUCCUGUUACUAUCACUGAGUUGUCUCAGUAUGGAUAACAAACAGCUGUCCUAAGUUAGGAAUUCCGCACAACCACAUACUCAGGUGUUGGGUCUUCAGGCACCAACUUGCUCUGUUCUGCUGCCUGACUCACAUCCCAGAGGGACAAGACCCAUGGGCUCCCCCCGCCCCCAGCUCUGUCACUAGGCAGUAGGCAGCCCCAGAUCUUCCUGGGGAAAAGUGGGUUAUUGAACAUCUCUGGUCCUCAGUUUUUCCAUUGGUAGAGUUAAGAAUUUGCUCUUCAGGUCCUAGAGGAUUGCUAUGAAAACAGCUUCUAUAUCUUCUGCUGCUAAACCCCUCUUUACCAGCACUAAGUUGGUUCUGUUUAUACACGGAAAACUUUUACAAAUAAGCAUAUAUAAAGGGGGCAAGAACGUGUUUGGAAAGAUCUCCUGGAAGAGGCCAGAGAUGUGGUCCUGAUGUUGUUUAUGCCACCCGCCUCUCACUCCACCCUGGCAGAGGUACCCACAGUUAGAAGACUCUGACCACAUCGCUGCAGCCAUUGCUGAAUCUUGCAACUCCUCAGACUCCACUGUGUUCUUUGGCAGAGAAGACCCUUUGGCAGAAUCACCUGCAGAAACAGCUUCUGGGUGAUUUUACCUCAGUUGGGAAGUGGGCCUUCACCUUCACUUACCAAGCUCACCAAAUCAGAGUUCAGGUUCACACCAAGGACUCCUUAGCUGUUUUUCAGAAUAUCUUAAGGAAUCAAAGGAGAGGUGGGAAGAGAAAUGUGGCAAAGGAAAAGUCUGGGACAUCACUGAUAAGGUUACAGGGACAGGAAGGGGCCACUGCCAAGACGUGCUAAGCUCUGGGAUUGUUCCCAGCGUAUCCCUGGGAAGAGCUUCUGGUUUUUUCUGCAGAUCCAGAGCAGAAUAUGAUUCUCUCCAACUGUUUCUGUUUAACAUCAAAAUGGACUUUACCCGUUUCUUCAGUAAGACCCCUUACCUGCUCAUGUGUGAAGUCUCUGAAGCCAGGAAUGUCUGAUAAUAGCCUUCCCCUAGAACCACAGGAGGAAAACUGCAUCCUGUUAUACAGAGACAUAUUGAAUGCGCAUCAGGUUUCCUUUUAAUUCCCAGACUGUGCCAAACUGAGGCUGAUUACUAAACCCACAGAAACACCAGUCCUGUUGUGACAACAAAAUCUACGCGGUCAGGCACCCUGAGUGAACUAUGGAGGAUACAUUUAUUAGUUUUUGUUGCUGCUGAACAAUGUGUUUUGAGCAAGGUGUCUCUUGUAACCCGUGUGAUGUACACAAAAGAAAAUGGUCAGUGUGCUCCGGAUGCAACGCAUCUCGCUUGAGCAGCGGCGUGAUCAAUCUUCGUGCACCAUUCUUCUCCUCUCUGGAUUGACUUCGCGCCCUGCCAGCAGUCUGUCUGCAACCAGACCCAGAGCCGGAGCCAGGACUGCUGCCGCCUUUCCCAAACAACACCUAGAGGCAGCUUAGCUGUCCCGGCCUUUGGUGUUCGCAGAGUUCAGUUCAUGGGUUUGUGUAGGUGCUGAUGAAGGCUGGGGGAGCGAGCUGGCUGGCUUUUGUGUGCUUUUUCCCUGGAUAUUUAUGAAACACCUCCCCAUGUGCUAGGUAUCCAGGCCCUGAGCUGUGUGCAGAUAAUUAACCCUUUGCAGAAUUUCAGUGAGAGUGGGGAAAAGACCCCCCGCUUACUUACUGAGCCCCUUUACCCCAUCUUCGUAAAGCUUAUUUUCCCACCUUUGACACUACGCAGUAACUGGGGUUACCUUUGGCAGAGAAGACCCGUUCGUUGUCUGGCCUUUGUUGAUGGAUACUAACCAGUACUUGGAAAAUGAGAAAAAACAGACCCACAAAAAGCUGUCUUUAAAGGUCUCAGCAGGAAACUACUAAGACAUGUUCCAGGAAAAGAGCAGCUGCGAUAGCCUCACCUUUCUAGGGGUGCUUGUUUUAAAGUCCUGCUCAUUUCUUCCGAGGCUCUUUUCAGGGUCUAAAACUAGAGAGUGCAGGCCGAGGUUUUCUCUCUGGAGCCCAGACUCCCCCGGCCCCCACCGUCCAGGCGUGACCUUUAGCUGUCUUUGCAGAUAGCCUACAGCAGCUUCCCCCUCUCCACCUCCGGCAGAUAAGCGGCCUGGAAAACAGGUUCUGACAGCCCUCGCCAGGCCAGGGCAUUUGGAGGUUCUAGCUUGAAACCAGUGCUUGGUGGUUGCAAAUGUGUUGAAGCUGCAAAGAACUUUCAGGAUCUGGGCUUGGGAGGGGGGCCAGGACCAAGAGAAUGAAGCUGUCAGGGACCCUCUAAGCUCCCUAUGCCGUCUGCCUCCACCAACUCUGCCCUCUAUCCUCCAGCACUACACACUCCUUUCUUCCUUUCCUGCGCAUUCUUCCUCCUCCUUUCCCCUCGCGUCACCUCAUGACUGUAGCAAGGCCGAGCUUUCCUAGGGCACUGGGGACAAAGCAGGGUGCCCAUCUCUGCCUGUCAUAGAGGCACAAUAGCGAACGUGGGGAACAUGAGCCAUGGACUGGCUGGAUCUGACAGAGCUCCUGUCCCACAGCUGGACUUCCACCCGCUUCCCAAGCCUGUGUCCUGAACAGCAGGAAUCAGGGUCAGCCCAGCCUUCAAUUUCCAAAAGAGGGGGCCAUCCCCAGCCAGGCGCCGGCACUCACUGACCCAUGGGGAUAGACAGCCCCUACCUCUCCAGGUCUGCAGAGGACCCGACUUGGUGCUGGGGGCACAGAGGUCACUGGCUCUUGGCCUGACCUUCCACAUUAACACCGGCCUGAGAACCACAUGUGGCCACACAUAGGAGGAGAAAGCAGCCAGAAGCCCCUGGUUCCACCUCAGACAGGGUUUAGCCUUGGCCGGCGACCUUUCAGAGUUGGUUAAGAACCAUAGCCAUUAUUGAAAGCACCAGUUAAAAUACACUCAAAACACAUCACUUUCUACUUACUUUGCUGCCUUUGGCUGUUACCUAUGCCUGGAGGUGAUACAUUCAUGCUACGUCUGUGAGGAAGAAGCGCUGUAGAUACUGUGCAUGCCUCGCCCAGUGCCAAGUUCUGAGACACCCGCGUUUUAGCUUGAGCUCACCCAGCUGUGGGAGCUUUCCACCAUGGAGACCAGAUUUCUCCUUCCCCAGCCCUCCCCAAGGCUGCUGGAUGUUCACCAGGAUCUCACCACCUAAGACCCCGAAGGGGUGUUGCCCUCCCAGCACACACCCAGCCUGCAUGGACUCAAGCCUCACAGCUCGUGACUCGGCACUGCCUCACAGCCCAGGGAAGGAGAGACACAGCAACUCAGCCUCCGUCUGUCUGUACACAGAGGGGCCCUGUCUGCAUUCUCGUGCACACACCCAGAACAAGACCCAUAGGACAGAGAACCCCUGCUGUCUUUAGGUGUUGCUCCUGGAGCAAGAAUGCACAGUGAAUUGGCUGUUUUAUGCUGUGCAAAGCAAAUUAAACUAGUUCUAGGUUACGAAGUGUCUCCCUCUGAGGCCCAAGUAGUUUAUCCAAAAAGGAAACUCUUUCCUCGACUGUGACAUUCACCAGGCCUGCCUAGGUAGAACUUGACAGAUUGGCUUCAUUUCAUUUCUGCCACCGCCAUUGCUACAUAUUUAUGAUUCUGAAUCUAAAUCAGUUAAAAGAGAAAUGUUUCUUCUUGACAUGUACUUUCCAAAACGUGUUUGUGUAUCCUCCCGCUGAGCCAGGAACACACUGAGCAGAGCAUAUGUCCUUUGUGAAUGUCUAGGUACUGUAAACGAAGUCCCAGAAGAGUUUCAGGUGUGCGUCCGCUUGGGAGACGCACGAAACGUUCACUCCACCCUCAUUCGUGAUGAGAUCUUGGCAGGGGUCCUGUCCUGGACUUCCUGCCUGGGUGUAUGGCCUUGUGUCCCUUUCUUUCCUGUUUUUCGUGCUGUGUAAGCUGUCCUGCUCUGUGUGUUCCCUGCUAGCCCUACUGUACUGUAUAUAUGUGCUGCAUGUGUGGAGCUCAGUAAAUUCCUUUUCAGGUUUCUGGAGUUUUCAUCUUACGUACAGUUGAUCCUGCUGUGAACUCAUCUUUCUGGUAUGCGCCCCUGUGUCUGAUUUUGAUUGCCAAAAUGUUGGACCCCAGAGUGUUUUCACAAAUAUCCUGAGGCAGCCAUGCGUAUCCUCAUGAAAGGACAUGCUCCGCGUGGGAUGGCUUAUGUACAGCAUCAAUCUAUCACCUGUGGAAGUGUGUAUACAUUUAUAUGCCAGGCAACCAACAUCCAUGUAACAGCUACAGAUAUAUUUAAUGUACAUCAGAUUAAUAAAAGAACUUUUUUUGCUCCAUUA